AUGCCGCCCAAGAAGGGGGCAAGAUCCCAGCAAAAUGCUGAGGCCAAAGAAAAGAAACGUGCCGAAAUUGCCGCAAAGCACGCCCAGGACUACGCGGAUGAUAUUGCGCAUUACGACAGUGUGCGCAAUCAGCAUACUCCCAAACACUCGUCUGGAGCUCUCCUACCUGUUACCACCGUAGAAGAUGACGCUACAACAUCAACCAGAGACGUGGCUGCACUUCGCGCAGGCCAGCGGCUCGGACCGAGGGGCACCAACGACGACAACAAUGCCUGCUAUCGCAAUGCUGUUCUUCUGACGCUUUUGUGUACCGACCCUUUCAUGGCUUACAUCAAAAAUCGUUGGCUCGAACUCCGGCGAGACGCCAUCACACAAGACUUGGCGGAGGAAAUUUCAAAGCCUGUCGACGAGCAUAAUCAUCCCUUCGAGAUACUGUCGACGCUUUGGGAUGUAUACUGGGACCCAAAGAAGCCGGACAAAGAUCUCAAAAAGGCCAUGGACGAAGCCUGGAAAGAGAUGCGAAACCUACCAAACGUCAGUCAACAAUGGGCCACUGGGAGACAAUACAGAGCUCAACAGGAUGCACACGAGUUCCUCAAUUGGCUGCUUUCGGCAGAAGAGGAGAGCCUUCUUGACCUGCGAGGAAUCUACGAUGAUUACAGGAGUAUCUUCUCCAUGUUGACCACACAGCGGCAGCUGUGUGCUUUAUGCGCAAAGGACGGCGCUAUACGCCACACAUCAAAGCAAAUGACGGCACACGCUAUCUGGGAGGUUGGAUUGCCUCCCAACCAUAACCACCAGUUUCGCUUGGACGAUCUUAUGCAACGCUACUUCAAAUAUGUCGCCGACGGCUGGCUAUGCGAUGAAUGCGAUCAAAAACUUGCAAUGCAACCGGAAAAACGUGAGGAACUGAGAAACCAAUUCAAGGGCCCCGGAUGGCGUUACGUCCGUCGACUGCCGGAAGUCCUCUUCAUGCAGCUGAUGAGAGCUGAAUGGACGGUGGAUGGGAUACUUGAGAAGAACCACCUUUCUGUGGAGAUCCCUGCGACAAUCAAUCUCGAACGAUAUCUCGACCCCGAUCCCUUAAUGCUGGACCGAGAGCGCCUUAAUCCGGAAUAUGAACUCACUGGAGUCAUAACGCAUCAGGGUAGGGCAAAUUCUGGACAUUAUAAAACACAUGUGUGCGUUGACAAGGAAUGGUAUUGCAUAAACAAGAAAGAAUGUGAACCAUCAAGCUUCGAGGACGCUAUCGACAAGGAACAUCCCAAAGGUUUCACCCCGUACAUGCUAGUGUGGCAACGGAAGAGUACCUCUUCCACGGUGGACAGGGCAACCGAGAAGCAGACAGCCUCUGCUCCGGCGAAUGCUCCUGAUAAGGCGCUCGCGACCAGUACCAUCACACAAGAUGGCCAGAAUGUGCCCCAACGGAACUCUACCAGGCGCGCAUCGGCUCGUUCCCAUACCAGCGGGCAGCCGGGGCUAUCAAACUCCCCUCGAGGUUCCAUUACCGAAGAUCUAUCGACGUACCUGCGCUUCCAGGUGGCUUUGGGUGGGAGCAGGCCUUAUUUGGUGCACCACGAAAUUCCAACGCAGCCCGAUCUUGUCUAUGCGGCUUCCAGCGGCAAUGGCCCAAAUGUCGACAUUGCGAUGACGCUGGUGCAGGAAGACAAGAGCACCAAGACCGCAUUCGAGCUGGAUCUGCUCGCUGCGGCGGCGACUGAGGACCGAAAACUCAACGAGAAUCAUCUCAGUACGCCAGAGCUCGGUACACGUCAAUCAUGUCGCUGUACGGAGGUACAUGAAGGCACUUGCAAAGAUAUAGUGAAACCGAGUGAGGCAGGUGGGAAGCGCAAGGCUCUCCCAGAGGGUCACCGUGACCGAGAUGCCGCCCCAACCGCGCCCUUCAAGCGCACUAAACGCCUUCCCAACAUCUUUGCCCGCCCAGGCGACGAUCCGCAUGGGUACCCGUCGCCCGCCAAACGAUGGAGGAGUCAACGCGCCCUCGAUCGCGCCAUCUACGAGUUUGAGACCAAGUGGAAGCACCUACAGGCCCCUCGUGCUAUGCCGGUCGCCCCAAAGCGAGAGGCGUGGCAGCCAUUGAGCAGGGCUCCCGAGCGGCGCUAUACUUCUAGCAAUCCCAGCACGCCUCCAGUACGAAACCACGGACGCCCAGGCGCCAGCUCGGUGGGGAACCAAAGGACUGGGUCACGCAUGCUGCCCUUCUACCCGGCACCGUAUGUCGGUCGCAAGAACAAGCGGCGUUUCAGCUCUGGCGUCCCUGGCACGCCAAAGAUGAACCGAGGAAACAAAGGAGUCAGCUCGGUGGGCGGUCGCCGGUCUGGGCCGAUACUUCCUUUCGACGUGGCGCAAUAUGGGAAGGGGGUUGGAAAAGGGAAACGAGGGUAG